AUGGCACAAGUCUUCAACAGACUUAUUGACGAUGUAAGUAGAUUAUUUGAUGCAAGUGUCAAUAAACAGCAAGCUGGUCAACAACGUCCUCAAAGUCAUGCUCCUCGAUAUUUUUCACCGAAAAAAUUAACAGCAAUAACAAUAAACGAGCAAAAUUCUAAUGAUCUACCUACGCCUUCUGCUCAAGCAAACUUACAACGUGUUUAA